UCCCUAAUUCGGUAUUAAUCUCAUUAGUAUUUUCUUUCUUAACUAAUUCGUUUCUUUCAUGAAUUAUACUGUUCAGAAAUGAUCAAUACAAAUUAAAUAUUAGGCUGAAGAAACCUAAAUCAAUCCAUAGCUCUCACAGUACUCUUUUGGUAGGUUGGUUAUGGAGCAUCUAUCCAGCGAGCGUUUAGAUUUUUGGAUUGGCCAAAUUACACAAUGAGUAACCUCAAAAAUUCCGUCAUCUGUUAUGUGUCAAGUUUCUGUUAUGUCAAUAAUUUUAUUUAUUGUAAAUUAUUGUAUUUUGUUGAAAAAAAUACACAUCUGUGGUAAAAUUCGUAGGUUUUAAAUUAAUAAACCUUCGAAUUAACAAUGAGCUGAUUUUAUAAAUAAUUAUAAUGGAUCUAAAAUACCGUUUUUACCUCAAAACAUCAUCAUCAUGUCUUAGUGUUAAAACAAGGACGUUUUAUAAUGAACAUAAUAUAAUAAUUAAAAUUUAAGAAUGCAAGCCAAAAAGAGGUACCUUCUUCUGGUUUUUUUAUCAUGUGCUUUCCUGGCAUAUUGCUACUUUGGAGGAUACAGAUUGAAAAGUAGCAAUGUCUUUCCAUUAGAAAAGUUGGACAUUUUUGUAGACUUAAAUAGUUUGCAAGGUCUAACUGGAAGCGUCGGAGCUGCUAGAUUAAAAGGAAGAAUAAACUCGAAUAGUGCUGAACUAUGUAGAAUGGAAACAUGUUUUGAUUUUAGCCGAUGCCAGCGUUCAUUGAAGGUGUAUGUGUACCCCAUGGAAGAAGGUACUACGCCCAGCAGUUCCUAUCUGAAGCUAUUAAACGUGAUUACAGAAUCUCGUUAUUAUACUGCUGAUCCAAAGGACGCAUGUUUAUUUGUACUUAGUAUGGAUACAUUGGAUCGAGACAGACUAAGUUCAGAUUACGCUAGGAAUCUCCAAGCUAGGUUGCAUCGAUUACCUCAUUGGAACAAUGGGCUGAACCACGUUAUUUUUAAUUUAUACUCAGGAACAUGGCCUAAUUAUACUGAACAUAAUCUAGAUUUUGACUAUGGUUUGGCUAUAUUAGCCAAAGCUAGUAUGUCUAAGAGUCAUGUACGGACAGGUUUUGACGUCAAUUUUCCUCUAUUCCACAAAGGACACCCUGAAAAAGGUGGACAACCUGGUUCAGUAGUUUCUAACACCUUUCCACUACAGAAAAGUUACCUUCUAGCUUUCAAGGGUAAAAGGUAUGUCCACGGUAUAGGAUCUGAUACAAGAAAUUCUCUGCAUCAUUUACAUAAUGCUAGGGAUAUGAUUAUGGUCACAACAUGUAGACAUGGAAAAAGUUGGCGUGAUAUGAAAGAUGAAAGGUGCGAUCAAGAUAACAAGGAUUAUGAUAAAUAUGACUAUAAUAUUCUUUUACAUAAUUCCACAUUUUGUUUGGUGCCUCGUGGUAGGAGAUUAGGUUCCUAUCGCUUUCUAGAAGCUCUUCAAGCAGGAUGUAUACCUGUCUUGCUUUCAAAUGACUGGGCUCUACCCUUCGAUGAAGUUAUUGAUUGGAGUCAAGCUGCCAUUUGGGCGGACGAACGGCUUUUACUUCAAGUACCUUCUGUAAUACGCUCAGUGACUUCUGAUAGAAUAUUGAAGCUGAGACAGCAAAGUCAAAUCAUUUGGGAAAAAUAUUUUUCAUCCAUUGAAAAAAUUGUUUAUACUACUUUGGAGAUAAUCAGAGAGAGGCUUCCAGAACAGUCGGUGAGAGACGGAUCAGUUUGGAAUAAUUUACCGGGAGCUCUACUCACCCUUCCAACAUUUUCUGAUGUUCAUGAGGACUAUCCAUCAUCAGCAUUUGUAGAAGAUGCUUUGUUCACUGCUGUAAUAUACUGCCAAAUGAGUUCAGCUCCCAUGCCUUCAAUGUCAUUACAUCGUUUAGUGACUAAUGUAGCAAAAAGUCGUUACAUAUCAAAUAUAGUCAUAGUUUGGGCUAGUGAAAAACGGACUCCUAGUCGUUAUAGGUGGCCUGUUAUGCCAUCGAAUGUAUCAUUUCAUAUAGUGCAAGCAUCAGCAGACGAUAGCAUUUCCCAACGCUUCAGGCCAUUCUCUGAGAUAAAAACAGCUGCGGUUUUAUCUCUAGAUGAAGAUUCCAUACUUACUACAGAUGAAAUUGAUUUUGCCUUCGUGGUAUGGCAAAGAUUUCCCGAUCGUAUUGUAGGCUAUCCUGCUAGAUCACAUUAUUGGGAUGAUUCUAAAGCAACGUGGGGAUACACAUCCAAGUGGACUAAUGAUUACUCGAUAGUGUUAACAGGUGCAGCUUUUUAUCAUAGAUAUUAUAACGUUUUAUAUACAGAAUGGUUAAGUCCUUUACUUCAUAAAACUGUUGAGCAAAGUCAAAAUUGUGAAGAUAUUUUAAUGAACUUUUUGGUGAGUCAUAUUACUCGACGCCCUCCAAUUAAAGUUACACAACGUAAGCAAUAUAAAGAGCAACCUAUUUCUGGAAGUCGUUCUCCAUGGAACGAUCCAGAUCAUUUUGUACAGAGACAGACUUGUCUAAAUACUUUUGCUGCGGUCUUUGGUUAUAUGCCUUUGUUACGUUCUAACUUAAGGUUAGAUCCUGUUCUAUUCAAAGAUCCAGUAUCUAACAAACGAAAAAAAUAUAGACGCAUUGAGUUAGUAGGAAAUUAAUUGAUAGAUCGAAGAAUUUUUAUACUGUUUGUACUUUUCAUAUCAUGUUGUUGAUGAUUUUUUCCUGAUUUCAGUUCCAAAAUUUUGUUGAGAAUAGAAUUUUAUUAUAAUUUUUGUAUCGUGACGUUUUCUUCUGUUUUAUUGUAAUUUGUAUAAUCAGAAGAUUAUUUUGAAAAGAAUUUUUAGUUUUACAAAUUUUCUUGUAAUAUAUUGUAGAUAGUUUUGUUUAUAUAAACAUUUAUUUUUGAUUUUUUUAUAAUGAUGUUAACUGAUUGCAAAUCCAAUAAUUUUUACCUGUUCUUCCUAUAAUUUUGAUCACAUUUUAUCUUAGAUAUGUCACGAUUAUUUAAAAAUUGAAUUACGAAUGAGUCAUUUUGUAAAAUAGUCAAUGUGAGAAGUCUGAUGUAAAUGGUUAUAUUUAUUAUAUAUAUAUAUAUGUAAAUUAAAAAGUCAAUAUGAAUUAUAUC